AUGGGUGUGGUGGCCAGACUCUGGGAUGCCUUUUCUUGUUCCCGGCGCAGACAGGACACUGCCAAAGGUGCUCCAGUGGUAGAAGUUCCACCACAGGAAGUCCAGCAUGAAGAAGUGAAGCAGCCAGAUGCGCAAGCACAAGAUGCAGCAACAGCGCUCAAGCUCAAGGGAAACGAACACUUCAAAAGGAGUGAGUACCUUGAAGCGCUGGAUGUUUACACCCGAGCAGCAGAAAUCUACAUGUAUGACGCCAGCAUAUGGCUGAACCGAUCAAUUUGCAACAGGAAGUUGAACAAUUUGGAGGACGCAGCGACAGAUGCAGAAAUCGCACAAGAAAUUGAUCCAGCCAAUGUCAAGGCAUACUACAACCGAGCACUUGCUCUGCAGUUGCUGGAGAAGCAGGAUGAGGCCUUGGGGAUCUGCAAAAAGGGUCUGCACAAGCAGCCCGACAACAAGGCUCUUCAACAGCUCAAGAUAGACCUGCAGAAGAGCAUUGCAGAGGCCAAAGCUGCAUGCCCUGGAGAAGUCGCUCCGCUCCCACAAGGUCCGGUGAAGGUCACCCUUCCGCGGAAGAAGGACGAGUCUCAAGAGUCUGAUGAUGUCUACGAGUGGAAAAAUGGCGAGCCUAGCGAAGCGGAGCGCCAGGGCUACAAGAAGGCCAUGGUUGACAUGUUCAGAUCGAAAUAUGAGGAAUUGAAGGAGAGAGCUGAUGCUGCCAAGUCCAAGAGGUCAACCUUGCAGACUGACCACUACGAGGAUGCCCAAAAGCAAAGUCUACAACUUUCUGGCGGGCACAGACCGAUGGACAGGCCUGAGAACGUGGAACUUCCUCCUGACUACCAGCAGCCCGUUGGCUUGCUCUCAACGGAGCAGCUAGCAGAGUAUAGCUGUGACAACACGCAGCGGAGAUAUCUACUUUCUGUGUAUGGCAAUGUAUUUGAUGUCUCGGACCGUCCGGACAAGUACGAUCCCGACGGGCCAUAUGCCAGCUUGACUGGAAAGGACCUUACUUGGGGACUCUUUGCCGGAGUUGAUACGGUGGAGUACACCAACAAGUUCUAUGACCUCUACAAGGCAAGGGACCUGGGCAAGGACAAGCUGGCUGGUGUGUGUAGCUGGCUCGCUUGGUACGAAUCGGAGUAUGGCAAGCCGGUUGGGCAGCUGGAGCCUUGGUUGCGAGAAGCAGACCUUCCAGCACCGCCUCUGGAAGAAAUCGAGGAGAUGUGCACAGUUAUGUAG